AAUAAAUGAUGAACUUAUACGUAAGUUACUAUUUCACAGAUUAGAACGACUUUACGACUAAAUUAAACGACACAAUGCUCAAAUAACGUUUAUACGUUUUUGACGAAAUUUUGGAUCUGAUCUAGAAGAAAAAGUAGCAAAGAAAAAAUCGAACCAACUCCAAUUUCUAUAUCUUUUGAGCAUGGAUAAGCUUAAACAAUCUACGGUGGAUAUAGAUACGAUAAAUAAUAUAUUCGGCAAUACUUAUUUUAAAAUCAACAAAGAGUUGCAAGAAUUAGUUGGACUAUGGCCAUAUCAAAAAGGCUUCAGUGUCCGUGUUGUGCAAACGAUUAUGCUAUUUGUUCUUUCAUUCAUUAUGAUACCACACCUGAAUGGAAUAAGAGUAUGGUGUGGCAAGGAUUUGGGAAUCUGUUCAGAAAAUAUAGCAGCAACGAUUUAUCUUUCGGGUUGUUUCUUGAAAUAUUUGGUCGUACUCCUUUGUAAAAGAGAUAUAUCUAAAGUAUACGAGAAGAUUGCCAUUAAUUGGUUAACGAUUAAUGAUCCUAAUGAAAGAGUGAUAUUAGAUAAGUUUUCGAGUUUGGGAAAACUCAAAUCUAUCGGAUAUACUGUAUACGUAUCUGCUGCUGGUAUUGGUUUUUCUCAAUUCGCACUUUUACCGUUUGCUUUUGAUUAUUUUUCACCAUUACAAAAUGGCUCUCGACCAAAAAUACGAAUUGUUAGAGCAGAAUUUUUCGUAGACCCUAUUGAGUAUUACUGGCAUAUCUACGCUACAUACUGUAUAGUUACGUUUGUAAGUGCAUUUACUAUUAUAUCAAUCGACACGUCCUAUACUGCCGUCGUACAUCAAAAUCUUGGCAUUUUUAACAUAGUCAAAUAUCGUUUAUCUUUAGCAAAGAAAGCCGUUGGCACCUCUAAAGAUCUAGCAUAUGAACAAAUUAUUUCCGCUGUUCGUUUGCAUCAAGAUUCAUUAGGGUUCAACAAUCUAAUUGAAGUUACGUAUAGAGUCUGUUUUCUUCUUCUAAUUCUCGUCUGCAUAUCUUUUCUCACUUUUGGAGCAAUUACGAUUCUAGAAAAUUCUGACAAUUGGAUAGAUAUAGUACGAUUAGGUUCAAUUGAAGUCGGUGCAGUAAUUCAUCUAUUUUAUUUAAGCUGGCCAGGGCAGUUAGUGGUUAGUGAAAGUGAAGAACUUUAUUAUUACACAUAUAAUAAUGAAUGGUACAACUUAUCGGCAGAAUCAAAAACAUUAUUGCAUUUUAUGAUGUUGCGGUGCAUAAACCCAUGUUGUUUAACAGCUGCAGGAUUAUACGUUAUGAAUUUUGAAAACUAUGGAGCGAUCAUCAAAUCGACAGUUUCCUACAUUACAGUUUUAUCUUCAUUCAGAGAAUAGUAAAUAUGAGAUUUAUUGGGUAAGGAGAUUUGUAAAAGUGCCAUUGUGUAAAACACUAAGGUUAUUCGUAAAACAUAAAAUUAUAGUCGAUAAAAUUUGUGAUUGCAAUAAUGAGAAUAUAUUUUCAAGUACAAAA